AUGACGCACUAUCACAAACUCGACUUCUCAGGUUACAAACCCUCCACCAACUCCUCAUUCAGAUCCGAUCGAGAUAGGUCAAGAUCCCCUGAGCGACCGCGGAGUGAUUCUUGGAUACCGUUGGAAUCAGUAGAGGACGAAACCGUCCGACACAAUGGUAGGAGAUGGAGAGGAAGGGCCAAACCUCGCACAGAGAAUGUCUACCGCGACAGAUCACCCAAUACUUCUCGAGAUGCUCCUCUACACGCCACAAAGACGAAGAAUCGCAAAAGAGGCAGAGGCCAGAGAAACGGUGAAGAGACGAAGGGCUUAAGUGACAAGAUUCAUUCGCUUCGCAGACUCCUUGAGAAGGCGAUUGACAUGCCUGCAGAUGUCCGCUUGGAGAAAGAGCGUGAACUUCAAGGAUAUGUCAUUGAUCAGCAAAGAAUCAAAGCAAUGAGAGAAAAGAAUGCCGUCACGUCUCGGUAUCAUUUUGUCAGAUUUAUGGAGCGCAGGAAAGCUGAGAGGCUAGUGAAGAGAGUGGAGAGGAGCUUGGACAGGGUCAUGAAUGGGGAAGAUGGUAAUAGUCAAUAUGCUGUUGCUCGAAACGAAACAACUAGAAGCCAUGAUGAUGGCACUAAGAAGAUUACAGAUGGCCAGCAAGUUCUUUCGAGCGCAGAGAGGCUGGCACUACAACAAGAAGCAUACAAGCGGCAGCUGCACGAGGCUAAAGUGGAUCUGAAUUACACGCUUUACGCACCACUCAAUCAGAAGUACAUCUCGUUGUAUCCACGCACUUCGAAGUCGAGAAAAGAUCAAGAGAAUAACGAUAGACUUGAGGAUGUCCGAGAUCUCCAGGAAGCUACUAAGGACAUUGAAGCUGAUCUCCUGCGGAACGAUUACGGCCACAAACCAGCAUUAUGGUACGCAGUGGAGAAAGCAAUGGAUAAUGGCACUCUAGAAGCGCUGAGAGAUGGGAAAAUCCUCAAGGCAGACAACGAUGGGGAUCAGAUGCUCACUUCUCGGGGCAUGGCAGAGCCAGGAAAUAAUGACAGAAUCCCAGGCAUUGAGGCGGAUUCUGAUGAUCAAGACCAGGAGGAUAGCGAGGACGACUUCUUCAAGCGAUAA